AUGGCUCCUUUGGAACCAACGCAACCUGAUUGUGUAUGGAGGAAUGUUGCAGGAGCCGGGAAGGCUGAAUGCAAGAUCUGGCAGUUUCCUACAAGAGUUUCAAGAUGCACAGACGCAACUAACGUUACCGGUUUUACAUGGGCGCUCACACAGACAUGGCAGCCACCUGAAGGACAAGUAUACAAGCUCAAUUUUGAUGCGGCAAUUUUUGCGAACUUGCUAGCUUCAGUUGUUGGAGUUAUAAUUCGGAAUGAUCGGGGUCAAGUUAUGGCAGCUUUGUCGUUGAAGGGUGGUGUUGUUCAAGACAGUGAUGAAGCAGAGGUUGUGGCGUGUUGGAAAGCUUUGGAAUUCGCCAUAGAUGCUGGUUUUUCAGAUUUAAUCGUGGAGGGGGAUAAUGCAACUGUCAUGAAGUCCAUUGCUUCAGGUCAAACAGAUUUGUCCCGUUUGGGAAAUAUUUAUGAUGAUAUUCAUUGUCUAGCUAGAGGUUUGCGAUAUAUGGAGUUUAAUAGUAUUUGUCGUAGUGCAAAUGGGGUAGCCCAUUCUUUAGCUCGCUAUGCUAAGCAUUUAGAUGAGGAUAUUGUUUGGUUGGAAGAUUCUCCACCCCCGGCUUUAGAGGCCUUGUUAGCAGUAUCACGCUUACGACUCAACGAGGAACUUGAGUUCACUGAACUCUAG